AUGCGGCAGCGCGGCGCGGGGCGGGGCCUGCCUUCCGCGCGCGCGCGCGCCGGCGCUGCAGUCCCGCCCCUCCUGCGUCGCGCUCCCGGAAGUACGGCGAGGCCGCGCGCGGGAGGCUCCGGGAGUGGAAGGAGCUGGGCGCCCGCGGCGGCGGCCGCGCGCAGCCGUUCGUCGCACCUGGCUCGGCACGUGGCCGAGCGCCGGCCCAGGCGUCCUGGAGCCGCUGGCGUCCUGGAGCCGCAGGCCUCGGUCGCCGAGGCGGUGUCGUCCCUGACCAUCGCCGACGCCUUCACCGCGGCGGGCCAGAGCCCCGCCCCGCCGCCCUCCUCGCUCAAUAGGAGGUUCAUCUGCUCCUUCCCUGACUGCAGCGCCAAUUACAACAAGGCCUGGAAGCUAGACGCCCACCUGUGCAAGCACACGGGGGAGCGACCCUUUGUUUGUGACCACGAGGGGUGCGGCAAAGCCUUCGUCAGGGACUACCAUCUGAGCCGCCACAUCCUGAUUCACACUGGGGAAAAGCCCUUUGUUUGUACAGCUAGUGGCUGUGAUCAGAAAUUUAACACAAAAUCAAACUUGAAGAAACAUUUUGAACGCAAGCAUGAGAAUCAGCAAAAACAAUAUGUAUGCACUUUUGAAGGGUGUGAGAAGGCCUUCAAGAAGCACCAGCAGCUGAGAGCCCACCAGUGCCAGCACACUAAUGAACCACUGUUCAAGUGUGCCCACGAGGGAUGCGGGAAGCACUUCGCCUCCCCCAGCAGGCUGAAGAGACACGGGAAGGUCCACGAGGGCUAUAUGUGUCAAAAAGGAUGUUCCUUUGUGGCAAAAACAUGGACGGAGCUUCUAAAACACGUGAGGGAGAGCCAUAAAGAGCCUGUAAGGUGCGAAGUGUGCCAGAAGACGUUCAAGCGCAAGGAUCACCUGAAGCAGCACGUGAAAGCGCACGCCCCGGCGCGGGAGGUGUGCCGGUGCCCCAGGGAGGGCUGCGGGAGGGCCUACACCACGGUCUUCAAUCUCCAGAGCCACAUUCUCUCCUUCCACGAGGAAAGGCGCCCCUUUACCUGUGAGCACCCUGGCUGCGGCAGAACGUUUGCGAUGAAGCAGAGUCUCAGCAGGCAUGCCGUGGUGCACGACCCCGACAAGAAGAAAAUGAAGCUCAAGGUGAGACGAUCUCGCGAGAAACGGAGUUUGGCCUCCCGUCUCAGUGGAUACAUUCCUCCUAAAAAGAAGCAAGGACAGAGCUCGUCCCUGCCUGAAAACGGAGAGUCACCGGGCUGCACCAAUGACCGCGUGCUCUCGACGGUGGCAGUGCUUACCCCCAGCUGAGCGCCAGGUCGCCUGGUCCAAAGGACGACACACCAGCCAGUUACCUCCUCUCAGAGGCACAUUUCUCUUUAUUAAAAUCACGGAUGCACAACAUCGGA